AUUUACUCAGAGGCGGGUUUUAGUGGACCAUGGACCUGAUUUAACGGUCAGAGUUUAACCUUCGCUGCAGCAAGUGACUCGGGUCACUUUGGUGUCUUCACAUCGAAAUGGCUGCUCUCCGUCGACAGAUCACUUACACGCCCAAAGCCCCGGUCAGGCAGGGGAUAUACAGCCAGGCGGUGGUGGUCGACAGAACCAUGUACAUCUCUGGUCAGCUCGGUCUGGAUGUCGCCUCUGGUCAGCUGGUUGAUGGAGGUGUGCAGGCUCAGGCCAAGCAGGCUCUCAUUAACAUGGGGGAAAUCCUCAAAGCUGCUGGCUGCAACUACAGUAACGUGGUGAAGACGACGGUGCUGUUGGCUGACAUUAACGACUUCAACAGCGUGAAUGAAGUGUACAAGACAUUUUUCAGCAGCAACUUCCCGGCCCGCGCUGCCUACCAAGUGGCUGCUCUUCCCAGAGGUGGCCUGGUGGAAAUAGAGGCAGUUGCAGUGGUGGGUCCGUUGUCCGAUUCCUGACUAGCCGCCCCGAUCUCCAACAAGCUGUAGUCUGCUGAGUUUGGUUCCACUCUGCUGCUGGAGGUGUCGCCUCCUCGAGUCAGAUGUCUCACGUUUUCCACACUAAAACCCUUUGCUUUUUAAACUUCCGUGUUCCAAAAACAUUAAAAACACUGAUGA